GGCGCGGGGCAGCCCCGGGCUAUGCCUGGGCGCCCCGCGGGGUCAGGGGCCGGACCGGCCGGGGGUGUCCUCCGCAGCGCUGCCCACCGCGGCCCGCCUCCUUCCCGGGCUAUAAAACUGCGGGCUGAGCGGUCGCGGUAUCUUCCGCUUUGUACCGAGCCGUCGGUGCUCACUCGGGCAGCCGGCGUCCCUGGGCAAGCAAGAUGCUGCCGAUCGGGAAGACGACGAAACAAGGCAAAAGGGGUAUUCUAGAGCGCUUAGAUGCUGGAGAAAUUGUGAUUGGAGAUGGAGGAUUUGUCUUCAGUCUUGAAAAGAGGGGAUACGUAAAAGCUGGUCCGUGGACUCCUGAAGCAACGGUAGAACACCCAGAAGCAGUUCGUCAGCUUCACCGGGAGUUCCUCAGAGCUGGAUCCAAUGUUCUGCAGACAUUCACCUUUUAUGCCAGUGAGGACAAACUAGAGAACAGGGGCAAUUAUGUAGCUGAGAAAAUAAGUUGCCAGAAAGUGAAUGAAGCUGCUUGUGACAUUGCAAGAGAAGUGGCUAAUCAAGGUGAUGCUUUAGUGGCUGGAGGAGUCAGUCAAACACCGUCAUACUUAAGCUGCAAGGAUAAAGCAGUGGUUAAAGCAGCCUUUCAAAAGCAACUAGAUGUCUUUAUGAAGAAGAAUGUGGACUUCCUAAUUGCAGAGUAUUUUGAACAUGUUGAAGAGGCUGUCUGGGCAGUUGAAGUUCUAAAAGAAUCUGGAAAGCCAGUUGCAGCUACAAUGUGCAUUGGUCCAGAAGGAGACAUGCAUGGUGUGACCCCUGGACAAUGUGCUGUCCAACUGGUAAAGGCUGGUGCUUCUAUUGUUGGAGUCAACUGCCAUUUUGAUCCAGAUACUUGCCUGGAAACCGUGAAACUGAUGAAAGAAGGUUUGCAGGCUGCUAAACUGAAAGCCCACCUGAUGUCCCAGCCACUUGCUUUCCAUACACCUGAUUGUGGAAAGCAGGGUUUUAUUGAUCUUCCAGAGUUUCCCUUUGGUCUGGAGCCAAGAAUUGUAACCAGAUGGGAUAUUCAAAAAUAUGCAAGAAAGGCCUAUGACUUAGGAAUUCGUUACAUUGGAGGUUGCUGUGGGUUUGAGCCAUAUCACAUCCGAGCGAUAGCUGAGGAGCUGGCUCCUGAAAGAGGAUUUUUGCCAGAAGCUUCUGAGAAACAUGGUAGCUGGGGUGAUAGCCUGAGCAUGCAUACCAAACCCUGGGUCAGAGCAAGGGCAAGAAAAGAAUACUGGGAGAAUCUGAAGCCUGCUUCAGGCAGGCCAUAUUGUCCUUCGAUGUCAAAACCAGAUGGCUGGGGAGUGACCAAAGGAGCCAGGGAGCUGAUGCAACAGAAAGAAGCAACAAGUGAGCAACAGCUGAAGGAGCUCUUCCAGAAACAGAAGUUCUAACCCACUGCAGUUAUAUAAAUGUUAGAAUGAUUUAUCUACAGACCAUUUCAUGCUUCAUGAGAAUAACUGUGAAGAUGAGUACUCUGUUGAUUUAUCAGUUAACAUGUAAUGAAAGAGACAAAAUGCAGAAAGAAUCAAUGUGAUUACGGAUUAAAUGUGUCAAACUUUGAUAAUAAAAUCUUUCUCUGGACAAAUAGUUUAGAGAAUAUACAGUCAGAAGGAGGUUUGGGUUCUCAUAAUAAUUGAACUUGUUAGCUAGGUGCCAUUAAUUAGGUAGACAUAGAAAUACAUGGAAAGUAAUAAUUGGCUCAACUCAUCUGUGAAAAGACAAAAAGCCAUCUAUAAAUACGGUAGCAAUGGACUUCCAUUCCUGAGUCUGUUUUCAGUUUGGGAUUAUCUAGGACCUUCCUCAGACGUCAAGAUUUGUUGAGGGCUACUUCAAGGACACACAGCUGCCAAUGCUUCAGACACAGUUACCUAUAGUUGCUUUCUUGACUUCAAGAGAAUAAAAGUAAACUGGAAAAUAAAUCUUAUAAUUGGAAUCACAAGAUAAGGAGACUGAGAUCUUGCAGGAAUUUCUUAUAUGCAGGAGAAACGUUCAGAGAACUUUUAAGAAAGAAAAAUUACAGGUAGAUAACUCACUGGUUUUGUCUCAAGUUACAAUGUACACAAGAUUUACUCUGGAGACUAAAAGGCUUAAUAGAUUAUUCUGAAACUUUGAAAAAAUCAAAUAAAUUAAAAGUAAUGUGGUGGAAUAGUAUUAUAUUAUCUUCAUGCCUUAAAUGUUACGAGCUCAAACAGAAUAACAUACCUCCAGUAAACAACUAAUUUUCAAAUGA